AUGGAUUCAGACCCACUUAGACACCUCGAGUUCUUCUCGAUACCAAACAACCAAACGGUCAACACAGCACAACCCCCUUCAAUAUGGGAUUCAAGGGGACCGGGCGUAGACGCCGGCUUCGCCGUCUCGCCCAUGUCUCCGGACCUUUCGUCGACAUCAAGACUGCCGCUACAAGGGACCCAGUCGAGGCGAGUACUACCCGCCCGGGGUCCACGGACGAGAGAGAAACAUGAGCGGAAGCGGUCCAGGCUCAGUAUGGAUGCCACAACCCCGCUGGACUCGGUCGACUACUGGCUUAACUUCGACAAGGAAGAUAGCCUUGCUAGCAUACCCGAAGCGCCUGAGCCUUCGAAGACGACCAUGGACGAAAAUGGCAAAGGUUCCACGACGAGCCGGCGUACAAAUGCUGCUCAUCCACCUUCAAUGACGAAGCCUGAUGAAUUCACCGACGACAGCGCGCUUGACAACGCGCUAUCAGACGAUGACGACUUCUCGUCCUUCAACCUUGCGGACCAGCUCUCCAAAAUUGAAACGGCUCCGCCUCUGGAAGUGCCACCACGCGAAGGCCUCUACUCGACACCGCUGAGCUGGGAGCGGCCACAGCCGGGCUUGCGCAUGGAUUCCCUGAUCGGUCUCCACAGCACCUAUUUGAACGAGGCCGAACAAAGGCGGUUGAUUGCCAUUGCCAUGAACCCGGGGCCUAGCAUGGGAGGACUGGGGUUCAACAUCAACCUCAGUUUUGGCGGGAUGACGCCCGACAUGCCCAUGACCUUCGGAACGGGUUUGGAAAGCACAGGCACAGGUCGGGAGCCCAAACCAGUCUCGCCGCCUCAGCCCGCCGCAACGCCAACCCGCCCCGCACCCUCAAACGCGCCGAAGGAGGGGGACUCGAGCGAGAAGGGCAAGGAGAAGCCGAAAACAGGCGACAGGACGGCGCACAACGAUAUCGAACGGAAGUACCGGACGAAUCUAAAGGACAAAAUCGCGGAGCUGAAGAAUGCGGUCCCUGCGUUGCGGCCAUUGCCGGAGACUGGUGGCGAAGAGGAUGCGGCCCAGAACUCGAGAACAGCCAAGGUUAGCAAGGGGACCGUCCUCACGAAAGCAACCGAGUAUAUACACUUCCUUGAGCGGCGCAACAAGCAGAUCGUACAAGAGCAUAGGGAACUGUCGCGGCGACUGCAAGCUUUCGAACAGCUACUCAACGCGACAGCCCGGCAGUCGUACGCCAUGCCGACCUACAGCAGAACGCUAUUCGAUCCUAGAGGGUUCUGCUAGCUCCUCACCGUAUCUCUCCCCCGCCGACUCAUACUUUCCAUGUGCAGACCUUGUCAAUUUCCUUCUUACUUACUCUCACCUGGGUCGUCAGUACAAUGUAACAUGGUUUGGAACUAAAAAUGGGUGGAAAAUUUGACUCGGGCAGCACUCAGCGGCGCGAAGCUGUCCCGGCAUCAUCAAUCGCGGAAUCGGGGUGGAUCUACAAAUGGGAGAAGGAAAAUGGCGAAAUUGGUUUUCCGCCGCCACGGUCUGCUCAAGAUGUUUCAGAAUGUUGUGAUAUCCAGCGACGGGUUUUCAGCUUUCUGCUUCGUCGGUCAUGGUUGCAGGCGAAGAUGGAAUGGAUGUCGGGGCAACCUUCUCGACGUCGUGAAGCAUAGAAGGGCAACUCAACUCACAUCUCCACGACUUACCUGCGAGUCUUGAUUGGCUUUUGAACGAGGAAGAGGUUAAACAUAUUCUACAUGUUGCUCGAG